AUGGGAAUCAUCAAACCCGGCAAAGUCGUGGUGGUGUUGGCAGGCCGGUACGCGGGCAAGAAGGCCGUGGUCGUAAAGGCCUUGGACGAGGGCUCGGUGGACAAGCGUUUCCCUCACGCUAUUGUCUGCGGCAUCGAUGUGGCGCCCCGCAAGGUCACCCGCAGCAUGAAUAAGAAGACCAUCAAGCGGAAGUCGAAGGUAAAGCCUUUCGUGAAGGCGAUCAACUACACGCACAUCCUUCCCACGCGCUACGUGGUAGACAUCGACUUGAAGAAGGCAGAGGAGCCGACGGACGACAGGAAAGCGCUGAAGCGCGCGAUCCGAAAGACGCUGGAGGAGCGCUACCUAGACCAGGCAUCGAUUGCGGCCAAGUCCGAGCGCAAGUCACAGGGUACGGCUUACUUCUACAAGAAGCUGCGGUUUUAA